AUGCCGACGACUCCUACACCCGCAACAUCCUCCAGCUCAUCCUCCACGCACUCACACCCACAACCGCCCAGCUCGACAGCCGCGUCCUCAUCCUCCGCCCCAGCAGCUGCGACUGGGCCACCCUCGAAAGCCACAUCAUCCCCCACUUUGCCGCCAUCAUCCUCGGCCCAGGCCCCGGCCGCCCCCCUCGAACUCGAACUCGACCCCCACGGAGCCCCCCGCGGGAUCCUCAACCGUCUCCGCCAGCACACCCCCGUCGUCCGCUACAACAGCCUCACCCUCGACCCCGCCUCGAUCUCCGACCAGCUCCUCAUCACCGCCUGGGCCCAGGAUGGCCCCUCGGCAAGAACCGUCAUGGGCCUCGCUCACAAAACACUGCCCUUCCACAGCGUCCAGUUCCAUCCAGAGUCGGUAUGCUCGACCGAUGGCGCACAGAUCCUUCGCUCAUUCUUCCAAGUCGUCUCCGACUCCGCCCACGUCAACUCGGAGAGCGGGCUCGGCAGGGCCAAGGCCUACAGCGCCCUGCCAGACGAGAUCCUCCAGCUCAGCGAGCUCCUCCGCCAGCACCCCGAGCGACCCAUCCCAACCAGCACCGCCCCCCGCUUCCAAGUCCGCUCGCUCGUCUUCAAGAACAGCCAUCUCACUCCAGAGGAGGUCUUCAAGAACUCUAUCAAGCCGCGCAGCCCCCUGGGCCACGUCUGGCUAGACUCGGCCGACAGCCCCGCCGAAACCCACUCGACUGGCGGCGGCCGGCAGGAAUCCUACUCGCACAUGGGCUCCGUCGACGUCCUGCUCUCCUACUUCGCCGCCCGCAAGACCCUGGCCAUCCGGCUCCCCUCCGACCAGCACCACGGCUCCGAGCAGCCGCUCGAGCACGCCACCACCUUCUGGGACUGGCUCCAGGCCGUCCAGGACGAGCUGCAAGCCGCCACCGAAACCGUGCCCCCCGCCUCCGAGCCCGCCGAGCCCCACGGCCCCGCAGCCCCCGUCGGGUUCAUGGGCUACAUCGGCUACGAGCUCCUCUCCGAAUCGCUGGCCCACUACAACCUCCCCUGUCGGGCCUCGCCCGCCGUGCCCGACGCCGAGCUCGGCUUCUGUAACACCGCCCUGAGCUUCCACCAUCCCUCCGCCACCUGGACCGCCUCCGCACUCCUCCUCCUCCAGCCUCCUCCUACUGCUACUGCUACGCCCACCGGACCAUCUCCCGAUCCCGAUCCCCAUCGACACUUCCCACGCUCCGUCGGGCUGUCCUUGGACGAAUACGAGCAGUGGACUCGCUCCGUCACCGAGAUCUUCCAGCCCCCUCGCCCGAGUGCAAACCUCCCCGAGCCGCAAACCCCUCAGCCGAAGACGAAGGCCAGCGGAGCCCUGGAGUCGAUCGUCAGUGAGGCCGAGUACCUGAAAGCGAUCGACCUGGCCCAGACGCAGAUCGUCUCGGGGGAGUCGUACGAGUUGUGUCUGACGACCCAGUUCCGGGGCGAGCUAGAUGACGGGGGGGAUGGGGGCCACUUCGAGCGCUACGAGGGGCUGCGCCGGGCGAACCCUGCGCCGUAUGGGGCCUACGUGCGGUUCGGGAGCUACGACACGACGAUCCUCAGCUCGUCGCCGGAGCGGUUCAUGCGUGUGGAUGCGAGCGGGGGGGUGGAGAUGAAGCCGAUCAAGGGGACGGCCCGGCGGGUGCUAGCGGACCCGGCGGCGGACCUGGCGGCGGCCAAGCGGCUGCAGCGCGACCCAAAGGAGCGCGCCGAGAACCUGAUGAUCACCGACCUGAUCCGCCACGACCUGCUGGGCUUCUGUGUGCCGGGCACGGUCGAGGUCUCUCGCCUGUUCGGCCUCGAGACCGUCGCCACCGUCCACUCGCUCGUCUCCACCGUCCAGGGAUCCCUCCGGCCCGGCCUCAACCCUUUCCACGCCCUCGCCGUCGCCUUCCCCCCCGGCUCCAUGACCGGCGCACCCAAACUCUCGAGCAUCGAGAUCCUCGACCGCCUCGAAGCCGCCAGGCCCCGCGGCCCGUACUCGGGCAUCCUCGGCCUCGUCGCCGUCGACGGCCGCGCCGACAUGAGCGUCGUCAUCCGCUCCGCCGUCAUCCGCAACAACCAGGUCUCCGUCGGCGCUGGCGGCGCCAUCACCAGUCUUUCGAACAAAGACAGCGAGUGGACCGAGGUCAGGCUCAAAGUCGACGCCGUCCAACGCGCCCUCAACCUCGGCGCCCCUUAA